CUCUCUCGUGUUUGCUGUUUCCUUUUUCUCUGCGGUGGUGCAAACACUUCCUGUUUCAGCGCGGUUUCAUGUUCACUUUGUUUAAAGUUUUAAACUGACGCAAAUACGUUGUUUACAUCGGUUUAAUCGGAUAACUUGGACUUCACGCUCUCUGGAUCUUCGUUGGAGGCAAAUUUAACGAAAAUGAGCUUCUUAUUUGGCAGUCGGUCUUCAAAGACUUUUAAACCAAAGAAAAACAUUCCAGAGGGUUCUCACCAGUACGAGCUCUUGAAACAUGCUGAAGCAACAUUGGGAAGUGGCAACCUUCGAGCUGCUGUAAUGUUACCAGAAGGAGAAGACCUUAAUGAAUGGAUCGCUGUUAAUACGGUCGAUUUCUUCAACCAGAUCAAUAUGUUGUAUGGCACAAUCACUGAGUUCUGCACUGAGACCAACUGCCCUGUCAUGUCUGCAGGGCCCAAGUAUGAAUAUCACUGGGCUGAUGGUACCAACAUAAAGAAACCGAUCAAAUGUUCGGCUCCAAAAUAUAUCGACUACUUGAUGACUUGGGUCCAAGAUCAACUGGAUGACGAAACCCUAUUUCCUUCCAAAAUUGGUGUGCCUUUUCCAAAGAACUUCAUGUCAGUGGCUAAAACUAUUCUGAAACGUUUAUUCAGAGUCUAUGCUCAUAUUUACCACCAGCACUUUGACUCUGUGAUGCAGUUACAAGAGGAGGCCCAUCUCAACACUUCCUUCAAGCAUUUCAUCUUCUUUGUGCAGGAAUUCAACUUGAUUGACCGCAGAGAGCUGGUUCCACUGCAGGAACUUAUCGAGAAACUAGGCACCAAGGACAGAUAAAAAAACAAACCACAUAAACAUGUAUUACUGAAGUAUUUCUUCUUUUCCUUUUAGAGAAUUUUAAAGCCACAGUCAGAACGUUUUAGGAGUAGAGGUAUAUUUUAAUAAUAAGCUGACUGUAGAUUAACAGAUUGUAUCUUCCAAAAUCAUUUUAGGGUGCGUUUUUUUUUUUUUUUUUUGCCUUUGAUUUUUUUACAUUUUUUUUAUUUGGGUUUCAUGAUGUAUACAAAUGUUGGACAAAUUAGACAGGAGAUAGAAAACAGAUAGAAACUGCAGGCAGAUUUUUGUAUUAAAGAUUUCUUAUUGUUUUAUAUUCUAGCAUCUUUAUAUAAGAGAAAAGAAACUAUACAACCUUUUACAGUUUCGUAUUAAAGGUAAAUUAAGUAAAAGGCUAUUGGUUUCUGGGAUCAGCACAUGUGUACAUCCUUGUUAGGGUCCAACAUUCCUUUUAUGCUGAAAUGGUUUUUAAGUCAGUAUUUUUGCUUUGAAAUUUACACUCACUGAGUAGUUUAUUAGAAACACUAUAUAAUAACACUUGAUUAAGCCUCCCUUUGUUUUAAAAACGGCUUUAAUUCUAUGUCAUUAGUUCAUCAUUCCUUUGAGUUUCUGGUCCAUGUUGACAAGGAUCUGUAAGGUGCACUUUAAUGUUGUCAAUCUCCUGUUCUACCACAACCCAAAUGUGUUCUUCUGGAGUGGGAAGGUCACUGAAAAUCACUGAUCUUAUUGUUACAUUUGUGAAAUGAGUUUGAGAUGGCUUUUGCUUUGUGACAUGGUGUAUUUUCAUGCUGGAAGGAGCCAUCAGAAGAUGGCGAUUGUGGUCAUGAAGGGAUGCACAUGAUCGGCAACAAUACUCAAAUAACCUGUGCCAAGAAAACAUUACCAAGACCAUUACACCACCUCCACCAGUCUGGAUUGUUGACACAAGAUAUACUGGGUCCAUGCAGUUAGUGCCCAAUUCUGACCACCUCUUUGUAUCAGCUGAAAUCAGGAUUCAUCACAGCAGGCUGCAGUUUUCUAGUCUUUUACUUUCCACUGUUGAAGUCUGUGCCAACUGCAGCCUCAUUUUCUGUUCUUGUCUGACAGGAGCCUAAGCCGACAUGGUGUUUUACUCUUGUAGCUCCUGCACCUCAGGCUUUGACAUGUUCAUUCUGAGAUGCUUUUCUGCUCAUGACAGAGUGCUUAUCUGAGUCACUGUUACUCUGUUGACUUCUCCUCAACAACACAGAGAUUCUGUCCCCAAAACUAGCCAAAUAAGUGUUUUCUUUUUUCUUUAUUGCAUCACUGUUUAAACACUAGAGACUGAUAAUCGCAGAUCAGCAGUUAAAGAAAUUUUUGAAAUCUAACAUCAUAACAAGGUCAAAAUCACAGAGAUCACAAAAUCACAGAGAUCACACAAUUUCCCCAUCAUAUGUGCAUGAUGUUAUGCAUCACACUGCUGCCAUAUGUUUGGUUGUUUUUGAUGAUUGCAUGAAAGAGUAGGUGUUACAGGUUCCUAAUACAGUGCUCAGUGAGUGUAAACUGUAACAGUAAUGCUGCCGAUUUUCCUCGAUAUAAAAUGCUGAUUUUUCCCUUGCUUUGAAUAUCUUCAGUAGUUUUUUCCUUUUUGAAAAGUAUAUUUGUGUCCAAUGAAAAAUGAAAGAAUAAUUGAUCAUCUAAAUAACUUUAAGAUGAGGAUUAAAACUGUAUUUGUAUCCAUA